AUGCCUAGAAAAAGAACUCAGCUUUCACGACAGACAGCUACGGCAAAACGGCUGCGACUUUUGCGCAGCAAUGAAACAGCGGAUGAAACUAUGCAUAGGUUGGAUACUCAACGAGCGAUCAAUGAACAAAGCCGUGCUAGAGAAACUAGUGUUGAGCGUUCGCAGCGGUUGGCCUCACAAAAUUUCCGAACUUCGCCAAACCAACAACGGGAAUCAAGUGCUGAACGUUCCCAACGUUUGGCUUCACAGAAUUCCCGAACUUUGGCAAACCGUGAACGGGAAUCAAGUGCUGAACGUUCCCAACGUUUGGCUUCACAGAAUUCACGAACUUUGGCAAACCGUGAACGGGAAUCAAGUGCUGAACGUUCACAACGUUUGGCCUCACAGAAUGCCCGAACUUUGGCAAACCGCGAACGGGAAUCAAGUGCUGACCGUUCUCAUCGAUUAGCUCAGCAAAAUGCACGAUCAGCAAGGAAUAGAACCCGCAGGCAACAUAAUUCAUUGAAUUCUGCAUUUGCUUAUGAUUGUACUCUUGACUAUGCUGAGCUAAAUGAUACUGAUAUUGGCAGAAUGGAUAAGAUAUGCAAUUUAUGCCAAGCAAAAAAAUGGGUAGCUGAAGCUCCUGGACUAUGUUGUAGUGGUGGCAAAGUAAAUAUACCUAAAAUACCGGAACCAACAUUAGUUUUUAAAGAAUUGAUAUCAGGCUCACAUCCAUCCUCAAAGCAUUUUUUAAAUCACUCAAGACAAUAUAAUACACUUUUUCAGAUGACUUCAUUUGGAGCCAAAGAAAUUCGUGAGGGAAACUUUAUGCCCACUUUUAAAGUCCAGGGUCAAGUUUAUCAUUUGAUCGGUAAUUUACUUCCAGCUGAAGGUGCACAACCAGAAUUUUUACAAAUAUAUUUUGUUUCUCAUGCAGAUCAGGUAUCUUUGCGCUCAAAUAUAAACCCAACCUCGCAAACCGACCUUAUCGACGCUCUACAAACGUAUCUUCACGAUCAUAAUACGUAUAUUCAAAGUUUUAAAUAUAAUCUCGAAAAUAGACCAACGGAUGAUUUGAAACUUAUUAUUCAUGCUGAUGUGAAACCUCAUAACGGGCAUCGAGGUCGGUAUAAUGCACCCAUAGUAGAUGAAGUAGCUGUUUUUUUAAUAGAUGAAGACAAAGGUCCCCGAGAUAUUGUGUUAAAUGCGAGAGAUGGUCGACUUCAACGAGUUUCUGAAAUUCAUAGAUCUUAUGACCCACUUCAAUAUCCUUUACUGUUUCCCUUUGGAAAUGACGGAUACUGUAUAAAUAUUCCACAGCAGAAUACUGCUGCUAGAUCUAAAACUGUAUCAUGUAUGCAGUUUUAUUCCUUUAGACUCAUGGUUAGAAAAGAGUUCAUUCAUUUAAGAGAUGCCGUGGUUAAUGAUGGCAAUAUAAACGCUUCUAACAUUGGCCAGCAGGUUAUAUUGCCGUCGUCAUUUACAGGAUCCCCCAGAUACAUGAAUGAGAAAAGUCAAGAUGCCAUGACAUAUGUCAGGAAGUUUGGAAGACCAGAUCUCUUUAUUACAUUCACAUGUAACCCCGAAUGGCCAGAAAUAAAAAUUGAAUUAUUACCUGAUCAAAAUUCUUACGACAGACAUGAUUUGGUUUCUAGAGUAUUUCAUUUAAAACUCAAGAAAAUUAUAGACAUAGAAGAAAAAUAUCUUUGGACCAUCGAAAGCCUUCGUUUACAGCUACAACCAGAUUCUAUAGAUGCAAUAAUAUCGGCUGAAAUACCUGAUGAACAGCAAGAUCCAAUUCUUUAUAAUAUUGUCAUAAAAAAUAUGAUACAUGGUCCUUGCGGAUUUCACAAUCCUGCAUCACCAUGUAUGAAAGAAAACAUUUGUUCUAAAAAGUACCCAAGGCAUUUUAUUUCUGAAACACAAACCGGGGAUGACGGUUACCCAACUUACAGGCGCAGGUCUCCAGAUAAUGGUGGAAACACCGCAAUAAUUCGUGUCAAAGGUACAGAAAUGAGCGUGGAUAAUAGGCUCUGA